AAAUGUUAUCGACUUUUGCCGCAACACAUGUUCGGUCGGCUUUGGCGCGCAGAAAUAAUAAAUAAUAUUUACAAGUCGCCAACAAGAUGCCGGAAAGUCUGAUCGCCGGUAUACCGGUGCACUUUCCCUUCGAGCCCUACCCGGUGCAGCGAGCGUACAUGGAGAAGGUUAUCCAGUGCCUGAAGGAUGGAACAAACGGAGUGCUGGAAUCUCCAACUGGAACAGGAAAAACUCUGAGCCUGCUGUGCUCCUCGCUGGCCUGGAUCCGGACACGUCAAUCGGAGCACCAGCAGCAGAUGAUAAAGCUGGAUAAAGGUGCUGAUCUGCUGGGCGGAGGAGCGGGAGGUGGUCCGGAACUCUCGGAUCUGGCCAAAACCAUGGGCAAGGCGAACAAUUGGGGAGUGCCGAAGGUGAUCUAUGCAUCACGUACUCACUCGCAGUUGACACAGGCUAUGCGGGAAUUGAAGCGCACUGCCUACUCCAAUAUGCGGUCCGUGGUCCUAGGAUCCAGGGACCAGCUCUGCAUCCAUCCAGAGGUUUCCCGGGAGGUGGGAAACUCCAACAAGGUCAACAUGUGUAAGCUGCGUGUACACUCCAAGACCUGUACCUUUCAGCUGCGUGUCGAGUCGAAAAAGGAUCAUCCGGACUUUCGGGGACCCAGCAUCAUGGACAUUGAGGAUCUGAUCAAAGUGGGCCAGAAGCUGAAGAUGUGCCCAUACUAUGCGUCAAAGGAACUGGUUCCCCAGGCGGAUAUUACCUUUAUGCCGUACAACUACCUGCUGGAUCCAAAGGCGCGCAAGGCCAACAAGAUCGAACUGGGCAACACGAUCGUGAUCCUCGAUGAGGCCCACAACAUUGAGAAGAUAUGCGAGGAGUCUGCCUCGGUGCAGAUCAAAUCCUCGGACGUGGCCAUUGCCAUUGAGGAUGUUACGCACAUCAUGAAGGCAUUCGCCAGCGACUCUCCCCAAGAUAUGGCCGGCGAUGAGCCAAAGGACUUUACUAUAGACGAUCUGAUGCUGCUUAAGGAGAUGCUACUGGAUCUGGAGAAGGCCAUAGAUGCGGUGGCGGUGGAUAAUCCCAUUGACGGAGCCACGUAUCCGGCCUCCAUGAUCUAUGAACUUCUGGGAAAAGCCAAUUUCACUUAUGGAAACGUUGCCACCAUUGUGGCCCUGCUGGACAAACUGGUGCAGUAUCUGAUGGUGGCCUCCCAGCAGCAGAUGAGCCUGCGCAAGGGCGGCAGCUUCACGCUGCUGAGCGAUCUUCUUACCAUUGUAUUUGCCAACAAGGAGAGUGUUAUGGGCAAGGUGCAUGCCAGCUUUAAGGUUCAUGUCCAGGUGGAGGAGUCCAAGCAGCCGCAGGGAAAGCAAGCACCCGCUAAGCAGGCAGGCGGAUGGUUGAGCAAAGCAUCCUUAACGAAUGGCUCCACUGGGAAAGUGGCAAAAAUAAUCAAUUUCUGGUGUUUUAAUCCUGGUUUCGGGAUGGAACAGUUGCUCAACACCCAGGUGCGAAGUGUUAUCCUCACGAGCGGUACUCUGGCUCCCCUCAAGCCGCUGAUCGCUGAACUGGCCAUUCCGGUGGCCCAGCACCUGGAGAAUCCUCACAUUGUGGACCAGUCGCAGGUGUAUGUGAAGAUUAUUGGAACUGGACCCGAUCGCCAGCCUCUCAUCUCGAACUACACUAAUCGUGAUAAUCCCAAGUACAUCAGCUCGUUGGGACAAACCAUCCUGAAUGUCUCCCGCCUCGUACCCGAUGGUCUGCUCGUCUUCUUUCCGUCGUAUCCGAUGCUGAACAAGUGUGUGGAUGCGUGGCAGGCCAGUGGCUUGUGGGCGGACAUAGCCAGCAAGAAGCCUAUAUUCCUCGAACCACGCGGCAAGGAUCAGUUCACCAGCACCAUGGAGGAGUUCUAUCAGGCCAUACGCGACUCCAAGGGUGCCUGCUUCAUGGCCGUGUGUCGUGGCAAGGUAUCGGAGGGUCUGGACUUUGCCGAUCGCAACGGUCGGGCGGUGAUCAUCACAGGGCUGCCGUUUCCUCCGCUCAAGGACCCCAAGGUGAUACUGAAACGUCGCUAUCUGGAAUCGAAUCGCACCCGGGAGAACCAGUUACUCAGCGGCAACGAGUGGUACAACUUGGAGGCAACGCGAGCUGUUAACCAGGCCAUCGGUCGUGUCAUCCGUCAUCGUAAUGAUUAUGGUGCCAUUUUGCUGUGCGAUUCGAGGUUCAAGGAUGCUGCCCAGGUGCAGCAGUUGUCCAAGUGGAUACGCGGACAUCUAGGCGACCGGCCGCAGUGCUCACCCUUUGGCCCAAUCGUCCGGGAGCUGCGUCAGUUCUUUAAAAAUGCCGAAACUACAAUGAAGCAGCCGGACGAGCGAGAAUCAGGAGCUCCUUUGGAGACAGUUAUCAAAAAAGAGGAUGAGCCGCUGGCCCCCAUCUCGCAGAUAAAAAGGGAACCAGGCUCCAAUGCCACCUUCAAGGCGGCAAAUGAAACGGCCAUCAAAGUGGAGAUGGCCAAUUCCAUAAAGUCAUGGUCACCCGACGACUAUGCCUGCGCCGCUGGACGAAAGCUGGGUGGCUCGUCGGCGCCCAAUGCCAUGGACUUUAUGAGCCGCCUGGACUCGAAUGUUUCGAGCAUUGAUUUUAAUUGCAUGGAUAGCCGGAACGGAAGUAACUCCUCCGGUCUGGUGAAGAUACACAAGCGGGAGAGAAGCUCUCCUCCUGGCUCCUCCCAGUCCUCCAGCCAGACGGCCAAGAAGCGCUACAAGCUGGUGGAGAACAUCAGCACCAUUAAGGUGGAGCCGCCGGUGGAGGUGAAGAAGGAGGUGCCCGAGAGUAGAGCUGCCUUCCUGCGCGAGAUACGCAGUCUUGUGGGUCAGGAUCAGUUUCGUGCCUUUGGACAAGCCCUGCUGGAGUACAAGGACGGCAGUAAGGAUAAAUUCGAGGCUCUGAUGAAGGUGGUCUUCGAGGUGCUAGGUGGUCCGCGAUGUCGUCAUCUGUUGGUGGGCAUGCGAAAGUAUAUAAAGGCGGACGACAAGCCGGAAUUCGAUAUAAGAUUAGCCAAAUUGGAAAAAAGUUAGACUAGAAGUUGUAGUUAUUUUUUUGUGGGUGGGGAAAUAAUAAAAUAUACAAUUUAAUUAUAUAUAUUUAAUUUAAAAA